UCGUUACUGCUGUUGUUUCCUCGCCUUCUUCGAUCAUCUCCUCGAUUUCCUUUCCUGUGUCCCUUCCUGACCUCACCUUGCUUCUUCAUAUUCCUUCGUCGUCCAUCUCUUCUGAUAAUACGCACUUAGAGCAUGCCGAGCCAAGAUCUCGCCCCAUCGCCCAUAGCCGAGGGGCAUGCGCCCAAGAAGCGCAAGAUUCGCAAGGGAACAACAAGCUGCUGGGAGUGCAAACGAAGAAAGGUUCGGUGUCAAUACUCGGACCAAUCUCAAGACAUCUGCAUUUAAUGUCAACGCCGCGACGCCGCUUGUCGGACCCAGGAAUACGAUAACGAUGCGAUAGAACAAGAUCGUGCGGUUGGGAAACAGCAGGAAAUAGAGGCGACAUUGCGAAGGGCCGAAGCGCUACUCGAACAGAUGACUCAAGUAGCCAGUCUUCUCACACCGGGAGCAGAGCGUCUUUCCCAGAACCUAGCUGCCUCCGGAUCCUCGAGCGAGCAAGCACCACUAAGGCCAGAGUCUACGCAACCGGAACCACCGUCAAGGUCUCUGGCUGCUACCCCCUGUCCGAGCAUACAAGUUUUUGACAGUAUUCUGUUCGACGACGUCGAUUACUCGUUGCAGGAUAAUCUGUCGGAAACUAAUGGAGGCAUGGAUGAAGAAUAUGCAGGGUUGUCUCGUAUGCUCCAUGUAUUGCUCCCAUCCCAACAAGAUGCAAAUUCGAUCAUCUCGGCGGGCUACACUGCGGCUUUCCUCCAGUUCUUCACGUUACCCUACCAAGAUCUAUUUCGGGGCAAGAACAGAUCAGUCUCGGCCUUGUCUUCCCUACCCAGAUCCUCAAGCCACCCGGUGCUCCUUGCCCGGACGUUGCUUUACCUCGCCAACGGCCUGCAGAAUCUACCUGCUUCUACGCCCAUUGCGAACCAACUGGAUCUCGGAUGCUGUGCGGAAGAUGCCGUUCAGAAGUAUCUCAGCGGUGUCUCAUGCGUGACCGGAAACGAUGAAUUUACCCCUGAGGAAUCCCCCUACGACCAUCUUGAGCGUAGUCACAGUCAGAUAAUGCGCCACAUCACCGUUCGAAACGAGAGCAUUCAGCUUGGGGACUUCGGGGUCACGCAACAAGUUGACCAAAUGCUGCAGGUGGCUGCCCAGUGGAUGCCUGCCGAUUGGUGGCUAGUUUCAAGCACUCGACUGAGGCAGCACACUUCAAAGCAAAGUGAUAAGGGAAAGCUUAAAGUCAUCCUUCAAAUUUUACUCCAGAUCACUCACUUCAAUCUGUUGAUCCUCCUCCACCUUCCCUACAUGCUACAAUCCAACUGCGGCGCAAAUUACGAGUACAGCAGAGCGGCGUGUUCAAACGCGAGCCGCGAGCUCCCAAGUCGCUAUAUCAAGUUUCGAUGCACGAAUCACAUCGCGUUUUGCUGUAGAGCCAUCGACUUCUCCGCCUUCACAGCAUGCCUCAGCUUGCUCAUCGCACAUAUCGAGAGAUGGAAUCGUGGCUCUGAUGUGGUUGAUUUCCUCGUCCAUCAGAGAGCGAGUGAUCGUGCUUUGGUUCAGGAAGCCAUCGAACUCAUGCUGGAAGUAGACAGUUCCAGCAGUGACUCCCUGCUGAAUCAAACCGCUGCCAUGCUAGAGGCCUUAUCAGAUAUCGAAGCGGAUGCUGCUAGCCGUAUGGGAAGAUCGCCGGGGAACGCAUCUGCUAAAUCAGGAGUUGCUUGUGGCAGUCGGUGCUUACAGCUUAAAGUUCCAGCACUCGGCACCAUCAAGAUGACGCGGAACGGCAUAUCCAUGAUUUCAGGACAAUAUUGCGAGAUGAACAAGUAUGUGGAACCGGGGAGUGCCAUCUCCGAGGCUACUGGCGGACCCGACCAAAGUCAAGAGGAGCAACUUCAACUCCAAGAACAUGAGAAUUUGCUGGAGGAAGGUCCUCAUCACAUAGGUCAUCACAAAAACAGACUUACUUUCGAUGUAGCGGCGGAUGAAACAGACUGGAAUUGGCAAGGUGUUGGUGGCAUGUUCCUCGAGCUGAAUUCUGGAGGAUUAAAAAGUUCCACAGUAGAACCGCAAGCCAACUGCGUGGGCAACGAGUUUUUCUUCAGUAUGUACAGCCCAAGGGCCCAGAUCCAGCUAUUUGUGGGUUUUGCAGUUGACCGCUCGAUGAAAUUAGCAGACAAAAUUGACAUUCCCGCUCAGUGAUGUGUCGAGGCCGAACAAUAUCAAGAUUCCUUCUACGUUCUAAGAUAGUAAAUGUUGGUAUACACGUCAGCAGGGCAACCGUACGGUUGGAACGAAGG